AUGGGUUGUGGAUCAUCAAAGCAUCAUGGUGUACCAUCUGGUAGCCAGACUACAAGGUCAGGACCAGCUGUAACCCUGCAAAAGAAGUCUGAUGGACCAAGUGGUCAACCAAGAUUCAUUGCCAUCCCAGACAAGUACCAAAGUCUUCAAGAAGUACAACAAGCACUCCGUCAAGCUGGUCUCGAGUCAUCCAAUCUUCUCAUUGGUAUCGACUAUACAAAGAGUAACACAUGGAAUGGUAAUAGAACAUUCCAAGGCAAGUGUUUGCAUCAGAUUGAACCGGGCAUAUUGAACCCAUACCAAGAGGCCAUUGCUAUUGUUGGUGAGACACUAGCGGCAUUCGAUGAUGAUAAUCUCAUUCCUUGCUUUGGCUUUGGUGACAGCCGCACAACAGACAAGUCUGUGUUCAAGUUCACGGCCGACCGUCCUUGCUUUGGUUUCCAAGAGGUGCUCAACACCUACAACGAGAUCACCCCGCUCAUCUCUUUGUCUGGCCCAACAUCGUUCGCUCCACUGAUUCGCGAGGCCAUCAACAUCGUCUCCCAGUCACGUCAGUAUCACAUCCUGGUGAUCAUUGCCGAUGGUGAGGUGACCGUUGUCAACGAGACCACCAAGGCCAUCGUUGAGGCCUCACAGUACCCACUGUCGAUCAUCACCGUCGGUGUCGGAGAUGGUCCAUGGGAUCUGAUGGAGAAGUUCGACGAUGACCUGCCCGAGCGUCAAUUUGACAACUUCCAGUUUGUCAACUACAGUUCCAUCAUGUCCAAGGCUGAGAACAGAAAAGUUGAGUUUGCCGUUGCCGCUCUUCAGGAGAUUCCAGAUCAAUUCGCUGCAAUCAAGCAACUUGGAUUGUUGUCCAACUAA